AUGGUUUUCUGUAAAGAUCGGCCUCUGGCACGAGAGACGACGGUCUUGACUCUGUCCUUGAUUUUCUGUGUGCUGAGUGGCCUGUUUCCCCAUCAUACCAAUAAUUCGAAUCACCUCCGAGUCCUAGGCUCUUUCUGCCCCUCUCACUCGCCCGUGGUUUGUAGAGGUGAAUUGCUGAAAUGGCCUCUUCUGGGCCUGGCCUUGUGCCCGGACAUCAAAAUGACCAAAACAGCCCCAGACCUAUCCCUCACCCAUAGUCCAGUGGGAGAUCAGAUAGUGACAGAGCAGAGCGGGUCGGGCCUGGUCUGGGAGAAACGGAGAGGAGUUAGGGCCAGGAGGGGGGACGCUCAGGGCCCCGGAGGACCCAACUGGAGACUGAGCGCUCUAGACUUGCCCUGGAGGGUGAUGGAGUUUUGA